ACUGUGACACUAAACAUUUAAUUAAUUUGUACGAUCAACAAAAAAUAUGAAUUUAAAGGCUUGGUCAGCGGUACUAGGUGUUUUCAUUGGGUGUUGCAGUAAUGUGAUAUUUUUGGAACUUUUAGUGAAACAUGAUGCAGGCGCUGGAAAUCUUAUUACUUUCUCACAGUUUUUGUUCAUAGCUGUGGAGGGCUAUGUAUUUACUUCUAAGUUUGGCACGGUUAAGCCCGUGAUUGGUUUUAAGGACUAUGCCAUUUUAGUGCUAAUGUUUUUCGUAACCAGCGUUUGUAAUAAUUACGCUUUUAACUUCAAUAUUCCUAUGCCUUUGCAUAUGAUAUUCAGAGCGGGCUCAUUAAUGGCGAAUAUGAUAAUGGGUAUUUUGAUACUCAAGAAACGUUAUGGAAUUUCCAAAUAUCUGUCUGUGAUCUUAAUUACAGUUGGUAUAAUUACCUGCACUUUAGUUUCAGCUACAAAAGUGGAGGAUACUAGCAAUCCGAAAUUUAAAGAUAAUUCAGUUGAUGACGAAUAUUCGGUGGUAUUUUGGUGGUGUGUUGGCAUAGGCAUACUUACGGUUGCAUUGUUAAUAUCGGCGUGUAUGGGCAUAUAUCAAGAAGUGUUAUACAAGAAAUUCGGAAAAAGAUCAAGGGAAGCUUUGUUUUACACGCAUUUAUUACCUUUACCGGGCUUUAUGUUAUUGGGCAAAAACAUUUGGGAUCAUCUAGCGAUAUGUGCUACCAGCGAUGCCCUCGUCGUUGCCGGAAUAAACACAUAUUUUCCAGAACAGAUAUUUUAUUUAAUAUGCAACAUGUUCACACAAUAUGUCUGCAUUAGUUCAGUUUAUGUGCUGACAGCUGAAUGCAGUUCGUUGACAGUGACUUUGGUCGUAACGCUGCGCAAAUUUGUUUCUCUGCUAUUUUCAAUACUUUACUUUAAAAAUUCAUUUACACUUUACCAUUGGAUUGGCACAAUUUUAGUAUUUACUGGUACAAUCAUAUUUACAGAAGCUUAUCCAAAAUCAUUGUUCACUGCAAAAGAAGCGAAGAAAUCUAAAACAUCGUAGAUUUAAUAGAUUUUUAAUAUUUUAGUGAAAAUUAAAUUAUACAUAUGUAUAUUAGUAUUUGUAUGAAAUCAGUAAGUCCGUCCUAGUCAUCACUUAUUCAAAAUAGCGAUUCAAUUGGUUCGCUUCGCAAUAAAAAUAUGACUAUGGCCCAUCUUAUUCUGUUAUGAUUAUUAUAGACAAUAAAAUGCUAAUUUAAAUUUGUUAAA